AUGAGUGAUAAAGUUAAGAAGACUUUUGUAUUUUCAUUUCUUGCUGAAAGAAUUACAUUAGAAUUCCCUAAGGAUACACUUGUUUCAAGUAUUAAAAACGAAAUCGUAAAAGAAAAGAAAGAAUUUGAAAAUAUGACGUUCGAAUACAUAGAAAACGCAGUUAUUGUUAACCAAUCAAAACGAGUAGAUGAGGUUGGUGAUAUUCUAUAUACAUCAGUAUCAAUUCCCAUUAAAUUAAUUCUAAAAACAAAAGAAAUCCCAGUUUUACUGAAGCCAUGGCAAACAAGUGACGACUUAGAGCAAAUACUUCUCCGAACAGAGACAUUUAGCUCGGAUACAGUUAUAGAAUUCGAAUUUAAAGGAAAAAUUAUUGAAUCAAUUCCAGCAAUGGAGCUUAAAAACGCCGAAAUCCAUGUCAAAACAGAUGUUGCCCAGCUUGUGAAAUUGAGGAAAGAGGGUUAUUCCGACGAAUUAGCUACAAAAGCACUAAAUCUUACAAAAUGGAACACAAGAGAAGCCAGAGUUAUCCUUAAGAACAAAUUAUUAGAGGAUGAAGCUCUCCUUUCAGAAAUCCUUAACUCCUUUGAAUCAUUAAGCGCAGCAUUACUUAAAUUGAGUUCAUUUGGAAAUUCAAUCAAAGAAUCAUUUCAAGAAUACAAGAAAUCCCUUGAAAACGCGGCCAAAGAGGCUGAAAUGAAGGUCUUCGAUGGUUUAAUCGAUUCUUACGCAAGAACUCAUGAUUUUAAUCAAAUUUUCAAAACAGAUUCCCACAAAAAACUGGCUUUGGAGUAUGGAUUCGUUGAAAACCAAGUAAUAGAGCAGAGAUGGAAGGAUAACAAGGCGAAACAUCCAUUUUUGGUCUCAAUUUCCGCAGCAUUAUUUUAUAAUAACUCAGACUAUAUAGUAAACAUCGAUUCUACGCCUCUUUCCGGCUUGAACGUCACUGAAAUCAAGAACCAAGCAAUAAAAGAAGGCAUUUUACAGCAAAAAACAGUUUAUCCAGAAUAUACCAACAAAGAAAACGUCCAACAGAUCAUGGAAAUAGGUUUUAACAUGAACACGGCCAUGAGAGCCCUCAUUGCUUGUAAGGGUUCCAUAGAAAGAGCCGUAGAUUCAAUUAUUAACCAAGAAUUAGAGAAUAUUGAGCGAAGUAGAGGUCUAAAUCCCAAUCCAACGAUCACAACAGCCAAUAUUUUAACUAAUAUUCGUGUUGGCGAUGCUCUAACUCUGUUGCAACAGUCACAGAAAGAUUCAUCAAAGUUUUUGGAGUUUCUAAAGUACUUGAAACUGAAGAAUCCAGAGUUUUACAUGUAUCCUGACUUGUUCGCUGCUUGUUUGGGAAUUCCGAAGCCUGUUCCUGUGGAAGAUAUCGUAAAAUAUGGAAUUUCUAACGGUUUUAUCACUGGAAAGAAAUUUUUCGAACUGAACAACUCUUUCGGCAGAGAUAUCGAAGCCAUGGACCCAGAGAAAGCUGCGGAACUGCUCUCUGUAAUAGGUGACUUCGAUCCAAACGCAUCUGUGUUCUUAUUAGAAGCAUACGGCAAUGACGUGCAGAAGGUUUUGGCCCAGUUAGACGAAGAAGCUCACUAA